AUGAGGCGGCCCCUGAAGAGGCAGGCGAGCCUCUCCGCCAACUUGAAAAUCGGGGACUACCAGAAGUGUUGCUUGACUCGCGAAGAGGAAGCUGUGUUCAUCCCCUUCGCUCAGGAGCGUCUCGUCAAGCGAUGGGGUUCUAUGCACAAUAUCGCCGACGGGAACCCGGAGGGCCACAGCGUCCCGCCCCGGCAGAACCGGUACUUCUUGAACCUCAACGUGGGAGGGAAGUGCUUCCAAAUUGCGCGUAAGGUCGCCGCGAAGUACCCCGUCACCCGGAUCGGGCAGCUGGCCAUCUCCACGGACCCCAUGCAGAAGCUAGGACUCUGCGACGAUUACUCGGUGCCCAAGAACGAGUAUUUCUUCGACCGCGACCCGCUCAUCUUCCACUACGUCUUCCACUUCUACCGCAGCGGCGUCAUGUGGAUCAUGGAGGAGUUGUGCCCGUCCAACUUCAUGGAGGAGAUUGAGUACUGGGGGGUACACCUGAAGUACGCCCAGCGGUGCUGCCGCAUCCUCUUCGAGGAGAAGCAGGACGAGCUGGCCGAGUACCUGAAGGUCCAGCGCAUGCUGGAAGCUGAGCUGGAGCCGGUGGAGAGGGAGGAGCACUUUGAGGGCAAGUUCCUCGGGAACGUCCGCAAGGCCAUCUGGAACCUGAUCGAGAACCCGUACUCCUCCAUCCCCGCCAAGAUCAUCGCCAUCAUGUCCAGCGUCUUCGUCCUCAUCUCCAUCGUGGGCAUGACCCUUAGCACGGUGGAGGAGAUGCAGCACAAAUCCAGCAAGAAGUGCAUGCAGCAACUGGAGACCGUCUGCGCCAUCUUCUUCACCCUGGAGUACCUCAUGCGCCUCGUCUCCACCUCCACCUUGCAGCAGUUCCUGCGGGCGGCCUUCAGCGCCAUCGACCUGGUGGCCAUCAUGCCGUUCUACAUCCAGCUCCUCUUCGAGAACCUGGGCGAGAGCGACACCGAGUACCACGAGGAGCUACACAAGAUGCGCAGCGUGGGGAAGCUGGGCAAAGUCCUCAAGCUCAUCAAGCUCAUGCGCAUCUUCCGCAUCCUCAAGCUGGCCCGGCACUCCACGGGGCUGCGGGCCUUCGGCUUCACCAUCCGGCAGUGCUACCAGCAGGUCUGCUGCCUCCUGCUCUUCAUCGCCAUGGGCGUCUUCACCUUCUCCGCCCUGAUGCACUCGGUGGAGCACGACGUCCCCGGCACCAACUUCACCAGCAUCCCUGACGCCUGGUGGUGGGCAGCGGUCAGCCUCUCCACCGUGGGCUAUGGGGACACGGUGCCGGACACCCUGCUCGGCCGGAUGGUGGCCUUCGGCUGCAUCUCCUUCGGCAUCAUCUUGAACGGGAUGCCCAUUUCCAUCCUCUACAACAAGUUCUCCGACUACUACGCCAAGCUGAAGUCGCACGAGAACGAGACCACCAUCUCGCUCAAGCUCUCCCGCAAACUCAACCUGAAGGGCCGGGCCUGGAGGAAGUUCCAGGAGUGCUGCUGUGCGGAGUACAUCGUGGCCGGCCAGCCAGCCUCGCACCCAGGCCCGGGCUAUCACCUCUCCGGCCAGCCCGGCACUCACCACGGCUACAUGCCCGUCCGCACGGAGCAUCCCGUCACACACCAGCCGGGGCACGGCACCCUGCGUUCCCCUCGUCCCUCUGCCCAUUGCCCCGACCACCUCGCUUCCCACCCGCAAGGCCCUCGGCACCGCCUGGAGAAUCCCGCCACCCACCUCCUGCCACUUUCUGGCCAUGCCACCCCUCAGCCGUCGCCACGUUCAUUCCCCCAAGCCCGGCAGUCUGGCCAGUAG